ACGAGGAAAUCAACAUGGGAGUUUCGAGAAAUACAGGCAACCAAUGACCUGCCUCAUGCGUUUACCUAUGGCUCGUUCUGAACUGACUUAAUGACUGAUAUUGAUAUAUGGUAAUUUUUUCACCAGAUCACAUGACACAAUUACCUCAAGAAUCGAUCAAGAUGAAUUGCACGUCAGCGUGCGUUUCCGAUUUUUCUCCCUCACGAGUCCUAUCCACACGCAUAUGGUGCAAUAGAUGGGCAAAGUUUAACACAGCCAAGCAGCCGAUUUCUGCUUUCUACCGUGAGCAAUGACGGAUUACGAUGAUCGCAGUAACUGUGCUUCUAAUAUGUAUUUACCGUACUACGUUUCUGCACCCGAUUUCUCGUCUGUCUCGUCGUUUUUACCACAGACCACGUCGUGUCAAGUCAAUUUUCCCUAUUCCUCGAACAUAGCUCAAGUCCAACCUGUUCGUGAGGUGUCUUUUAGGGACUACGGACUGGAUCAUCCGAGCAAAUGGCAUUACAGGGGCAAUUACGCAUCGUACUAUUCGACGGACGAGAUAAUGCACCGGGAUCUCCUGCAGUCAUCAAACAGAGCGGAAAUGCUUUUCAAAAACGAUCCUGUGUACAGCCAUCACGGCAGCACGAACUCCUCGUGCAAUUUCUUUACUAACGUCGGCCGGAACGGGGUGCUUCCGCAAGGAUUCGAUCAGUUUUUUGAAACUGUUAACUCUGAAAAGCCCAACGCCGAGCAGUCCAAACAAAAAACUGAGACCAGUGUCCCCGGAGAUGUUGCAUGUAAUAAAGUGUCUACAGAUACCGUGGAGCAGACCAAACGAGAAGCUACAGAAACUACAGAAGAGGAAUCCUCGAUAUCAACCUGCGACGAAGAAAAGAUCAACGGCUCAAGUGCAACCAAGUCCAGAAAAAAGAGGUGCCCUUAUUCAAAAUACCAGAUCCGAGAACUUGAACGAGAAUUCUUUUUCAAUGUGUACAUAAACAAAGAGAAACGCCUGCAGUUGUCAAGAAUGCUCAGUCUUACAGACCGACAAGUGAAGAUUUGGUUCCAGAACCGAAGGAUGAAAGAGAAAAAGUUAAACCGAGAUCGCCUCCAGUAUUUCACUGGAAAUCCAUUGUUCUGAAAGUCAUAAUGUUGUCCGCUUCGGACGACCAUGUCUUCUAUUUUGUCAUGUUUGUGGGAAAAAGACACAUGAGGUAUUUUCACGUCAACUGUAUUUUAUAUAACUAUGCAAAAAUAUUUGUUAUCAUAAACGAAUUUUAUCCGCAAUAAUAAUUCAACAAUAAAUAUUUAAACAAAUCGUGUAUUCACAGUGAACGAAAAUAACAUGGGUACCUGGACAAUCUCUUCAUAUUUUUAUGUUGAUGACAUUGCAAUUCAAUCACAUUAUUUGUAUUUAUUUAUUGCAUUUUCCACAGUUCGUUGAAAUACAUAAAUUCAAGUAUCAUUUUACAUUGCGUAAGCAAAUAUACAUUUGAUUACAGUAAUCAAUACGUACAUACAUUAAGGUAGAGUUGUGCAGCAUUUAUUCGUGAGUAGCAUGUAAUGGAUUGAUGUUUUGAAUAAAUAAAAGUACAAAAACUUAUUUGCUUAUUUCUUUUUUUUGUGCUGUGACUACUCUCCUGGUAUUUGGCAAAGCGCACAUUGGUCAGCGCAUAAAUGUUGUUUAGAGUUAGAGUUACAAGCUCUUAUUAUAAUUCCAUAUAUUAUAUAAAGUUUACACUUGCUGUUUUAAAAUGCUGUUUUGAAUAGUACAGAACAUGAGAUAAAGAAAAACUAUUUUUACGUUUUAAUAGUUGAAAACUAUAGCUUCAUAACGAAUUCAUUUUCUUCUAUGUUGUUUCACACUAAGGCUGUUUACUAAACCUUGAAAAGUCUAGACAGUACAAUAAACUUUGGGCAGUAAAUUAAAUUGGGGCUAUUCGACCCUCUAUCCACUUUAACGGCGAAUUUGCCUUAAAACACAAAGACUGCACAUGUUAUUUUGCUGUUGUGAAACUCAUAUAAUAUAAUAUAAUAAUAAUAAUAUAAUUUAUAUCAAGAAGUCUGUUACAGAAGAGGUCCAGUUUUGAAUUUAGGUAGUUCGCGUUAUUCCUCUCUACAAGCAC